CUGUCCCGCCUGAAACAUCGCGAAGUUUCCUGCUGUUUAGUAUUUUGGUGGCAGCAGGCAGCCAGCAGCAGCAACCCGCCGCGGAGGCAAGUCCAAGAAAGGUGGAGACUCCUGGGUAACUUCCUGCACAAUAAUCUUGAAGCACCACCAAGAGAGAACUGGGGAGGCUGCUGCUGCCGCUGCUGGGGCAAGGGCGAAUGGAUAUACGGCUCACUUAACUUCUUUUUCGGCAGUGAAUCGACAGAAAACCCCAAACACUUUGUGGUCGAUUAUACACAUCUACCUGGCUAGUAGCUACCUAGCAGUAAGGCUGCUGGAUAAGAGAUUCCCGACGUUUGAUAGCGAGGCGGUGCGAAGGACAGGAAUGGAGGUCGUGGUGGAGUAUGAGUACGAAGCGCUGCAUGAUGACGAGCUGACCCUGCGACUGGGCGACAUCAUCAAGAACGUGCGGUAUAUAGAGGAGGAUGGCUGGAUGGAAGGAGACCUCAACGGGAAAAGGGGCCUCUUCCCUGACAACUUUGUUAAGGAAGUGAAGAAGGAAUCCAAAGAGGUCAAGGAAACAAAGAAUGAGCCAAAAGAGGAGACCUCUCAGCUUUCAAGAAGAGAGAAGAGUGCAGGGACCGUGGCCAACCUGGUUCAGAGGAUGAGCACUAUCGGGAUCCCAACCGGUGGCUUCCAUCCUCAGCCACCAGCAGCAGCGAAGAAGCCCAAGAAGAGACAGUGCAAGGCGCUGUUUGAUUAUCAGCCAGUGAACGAAGAUGAGCUGGAGCUGAAAGUUGGAGACACCAUAGACAUCAUUGAAGAGGUUGAAGAGGGCUGGUGGAGCGGCAGCUUGAACGGCAAGUCAGGACUGUUUCCCUCCAACUUUGUGAAAGAGGUGGAUGCCACAGGAGAGGACGGAGAGAUCAUCGACACCCCAGCAGAUGAGACUGAUGGAAGCGGAGUAGAAAACACCACCGCCCCCACAUCGCCUCCACCCGCCUCAGGGAACGGAGUUAUUGCUCAGCCCAAGAAGAUCCGAGGCGUCGGCUUUGGUGAUAUUUUCAGAGAAGGGUCGGUCAAACUAAAGGCCCGCCUGCCAAGCCCCGAAACUGAGGAAAAGAAAGGGAGACCAAUCCCAUCAUUACCAUCUGCUGCAAAGCCCGCCCAAACCAACAUGACAGACUCACAGAGAGCAGAUGGAGACAGCAAACCCAAAGCAAAAGAGUACUGUAAGGUCACGUUUGGCUUUGAGGCUACAAAUGAGGAUGAGCUGAGCAUUAAAGAGGGAGAUAUCAUCCACAUCCUGAGCAAGGACACAGGAGAGCCUGGCUGGUGGCGAGGCGAGCUCGGGGGCAGAGAAGGUGUCUUCCCUGACAACUUUGUAGUCAUGAUGCCUGAAGCGGAGAAAGAGACUCCCACGUCGAGAGGGUCCAUGAAAUCAUCACCUAGGCAGGAGUCCGAAGAGAAACCGAAGAAGCCACCUCCACCGUCAAAAAGCAUAGCUCCCAAGCCGGAGGUUCCCAGUGCCGACAAGAAGCCUCAUCUCAUCAGGCCAGAGGACAGAGGUGAUCUUAAACCAUCCAAGCCUGCAGCGCCGGUGGUCCCGCCCAAGAAGCCAGCCCCCCCUCCUGGGAAAGGCAGACCGGGAAGCUUCCCGCCAAAGAGGCCUGACAAGCCUCUCGCUCCCUCGCCAAACCUCAAGCACAAUGGAGAGGUGCCUUCCACGCGACCAAAGUCCGACUUUGAGCCAUUAUUGCCCACCAAACCCAAAACACUGUCUGGCGACUGGGGGGAGAAGCCCUUGGAAAUGGAUCUGAUGAGUUUUGAUGAGUUGUCGUCUACCUCGGAGAAGCUCUCUCACCCGACUGCUAACAGACCAAAGAUGCCUGGCAGGAGGCUGCCCGCCCAGUUUGGUGGAGGACAUUCGCCCAACAAGGAUGUGAACGUGGAGAAAUCAUUCAAUAUCGAUGAAGAGGAUGCAGCCAAACCAAAGCUAACAGACACCAGAAAGCCUUCCACAAGCACCUUAUCCCAGUCGCCGUCACUCUACAAGCCCGCCGAGGCUAGGCAGAGUCCCGCGGCAGCCCCAAGCUCUGACAGCGUGUCGCAGGGCAGCAAGGCCCGGCUGGAGCCCGAAGAGCCGAACUCGCAGCUGGAAGAGCUGAGGAUCCAGAUGAAGGAGCUGCUGCUGUCCGUAGAGCUGCUCAAGACCCAGCAAAUGAAAGAGAUAGCAGAGUUACGAGGAGAGCUGGAUGAGGAAAGGCUAAAGCGCGUGGCCCUGCAGAUGGAGAUAGAAAAACUAAAGCGGACCACCCAUUCGACGUGAACCCCCGCGCCCCAAUCAACAGCAAGCCUCAAGGUCAGCUGCAGGCCUUCGACCAACCUGAAAGCAGGAGGGCGGUGACGGAUGGAUAGUUGAAUGGACGGAGAGAGGGUGGGGAAUCGGAUGAACCACCUGGAGCACAAAUCCUUUUUCAGUGAUCUACAAAAAUAAACUCUCCCCGUAUUUGUAAGAUUUACAUUUUGCACAUAUAUAUAUUUUUUUUUUUUCAUGCUAGAUGUAAUUAAGUUACAGAUGUAUAUGUUUCUGUUAUUUCUUCUUUUUUUUAUUUUGCCAACACAAAAAAAAAAUGAGGCCUUACUUCAAACUACUGCGCUGGACUUACAACUCUGACGCUCAAGCUCUCUCCCCUUCACUCAGGCGUUCCUUGGACCCCUCAGGGAGGAGGUUCGCUCUCAGUACUACUGACUUUGUACAAAGCGGGGAGGAGGGCACUUUUCUUCCUCUCCCGAUUUUCUUUCUCAUAUUUUUUUAUGGUGCACAAAUCGUUGAUUUUAAAAAUGAGAAAAUGUUCAAUUUCAGUUAAAAACUUUUGAUCCUCACGGCAAAUCAUUUUUCCUUUCCUGCACUGCGCCUGUCAGCAGUACUCCACUCCACGGCUACAGCGCUUCAGAGAGCUCUGCUUUCAUUUUUCUUUGUCUUUUAUAUGGUUUCUAGCAUUCCUAUCCAGGGUAACACUACUGUGCCUCUUAAAAACAAAAUUCUAACUAUAUAUAAAAGUGUUUGUAACGGGAGCUUACAUAUACCAUGAUGGUGUCUGGAAAUUUUGCAGCAUGAUAUUGUAUAUCUAUAUUUUUUAAGUCUACUGACAUGCCUAGUCAAAUAAUAUGUAGAGGGCCUCUUCUGUGCUGGUCUCUUCUAUUUUUGUCAAACUAUUUCACCCACUGGGACUGUUCUCAGAGGUUUAGCCAGAGGCAUGGUCUGCAGGUAAUGCAGACAGAAUCCACAUGCAAAACUAUAAAGACAAGUCUUCUAUUAACAGGGUUGCCAACCAACUCAUUGGCAUAUUUAUCAAAAAAGCUGCUUCUUUAUGAUAAUCUCCACAACCUGCUUUUCUUUACUUGUUUCUAAUCUGACCAUCAUCCCUCAAAUCCCUGACCCGACCCAAGCUACCUCUUCCUCUCCUGUCCCCCCCCAUCCCCCUUUGAAUGAAAGUGAAUGAUAUGAUCUGAGAGAACCUCAUCUUUCUGCUCGGUCACGUGUUAUGAGCACUCCUCAGUUGUGCUGUCCUUACUGUACGUGUCUUUCUUCUAGUCUUAUCUUCCCACAUUCCAAGUAUACAAAUGAAGCUAACCAAGCAAUAUUAAUGAAAUGGAGGAGCCCCUUUGUGUACAAUUUGUACGUAAUUAUAUAAACCUUCAAAUUAUUCUCUCGGUGGAAGUUUAUUCGUUUGUAGAAAAGUGGGACAAUCCUGUUGCAAAUUGAAGCAAUCAGUGUCUUUUUAAGCACACUAGUGUCAGAGCUCUAGAGAAUAGCGAUCACCAUCAGUCUGUGGGUUAAAAAAGCGUAACCACCAGACUGAAAGAUGGCAAUAAAUAUUAGAUGGAUUGACGUGACAUUUUGUACAGACAUUCAUGGUCCCACAGGAUGAGGCCCCUGAUUUUUCAUGUAAUGCCGCCAACAGGAAAUAUCUAACAGCUGCAGUGUCCAUUCCCCGUUAACAGAUGGUGUAUCCUCUAGCGACACCAUCAGAUUAACACUUAAGUAACACCAGGCUAUAGAGCAGUGUUUCACUGCCCUGUCUGGUCUCUCUGGUGAUGUCACAGUGUCCUGGCACUCCCCGGAGAACACUUCUACAUCACAGCAGCAAGGCGACAAGCACUGGAAGUCGGCAAAGUUACUCUUCAAUACUUUACCAAAUACCUGCACAACUAAUGACAUUUCCCUCUGCCACCGCUGUUAGUAUGCUAACACGCUAAAGAAAACAUUGUAAACAUUAUAAACAUCAGCAUGUUAACAUUAUUGCCUAACUGAGACUGGAUGUUUUUAGGCUGAUAUUAAUAUAGGAGAGUUUAAAAUAGUUGGAUAACAAUUUAUCGGCUGAUGUAAAAGAUUUUAUAUAACACAUAACAUACAGAAACAUUUGUAAUAAGGUUUCCUUUUUUCCCCCCAAUUCAGAAGUGUAAGUGCUCUCUGCAAACAAUAUUCUUUUUAAUAUGUUAGCAUUUAGCUCAAAGCACCAAGUCCAGCCUCACAGAGCUGUUAGCACGGCCGACUCUUAGUCCUGUUUGAUACAACCACUGGGAGUUGCCGCAGGCUAAAAUGCUCAAAACCCUACACGAAGGGCCUUUAAGAUGAAGAUCAUAAACAGGAAAGCAAAUGGGUUACUUACUGUACAUUGCUGCUUUUUCUGUGCUGACAAACUUAUCUCAACAUUGAGAUGCUUCUGAGAAACUGAGACCAGUACAGUACCCAGUGUAAGCCUCUCUGGCCUGUAUGCGGGUUAGAGGAGUAUUUCACCCCUGAGUAUUGUUCACAAUAUUUCCAGCAGGUUUCAUUUCCAAGUCCUUGUUUGUUUUGUUUUUGUUUUAAAUAUCUUUAUCUCACAAAUGUCUUAAUGAAGUGUUCAUUUGCUUUUAAAUCAUCCUCAGGCUUCGUUGCAUGUGUAAUUUGUGUGUGUGUGUGUGUGUGUGCAUGAGCGCAAAAAUUCUAGUGUAACAGCGCCCAUGAUGUUAAAUCCUGGACUCCAAGUUGAUACUGUAUACCUGACCCUGAUGAGCAUGGCACUCACGCCAGAGGUCGACGCCUAACAUAAAAAAAAAUUCCUUUUUGCAUGCAGCUCUUAAACAACAUGGCUGGGCAAUGAAAAGUCGCAGUGUGGGAAAGAUGGACCUGGCUAUUUGGGUGACAACUCUUCAUGUAAUAUCUGUAAUACAACUUCACUUCCACAUGUUGUACAUUCCAGAGUUUGACACCAGUAAAAGAAGAGAUCUGUGCACAUUUAUAACACAUUUUCAAGUGAUUUUGUUUACAAGAGCUGUAUCCUUGCAUGAGUUGAGAUUCUUCUCAAAAACGAAUAAAUAUCUUUAUUUACUGUCA